AUGAGCGCUCAGCAACCACGAUCAAGCGCACGGCAAACUCUUAUUCAAGCUGAAGAACAAUACAAUAAGCGCAUCGACGAUGACGUUGCAAAGUUGGUCGAUUGUUUCAGUGACAUUGUUCGUGUGGGCGAGAACAAAGACAAGGAUAAGUUUCGUGUUGCUCAGGAAGGUUAUCAGAUUGAAAGUCAAAGUGCACAGAUUGUACGAUCCACCGAGUCUUUAUUGAGCUUGAUCACAGAAUUGAAACAGCAUCUGCUUUUGAAUGAUACCGACACGCUAUCCCAGCUCAUGAAGCAACGUACCAACGCAUUGGAUACACAACGUGAAGAAAUCAAAGAUACGAUAUGCACUAUGCGUCGUGAACUCGCCACCACCAUUUAUGAUCUAGAAUCCGUGUAUUUCCGAUCACUGAGUAGUUAA